AUGGAACUAUGCAUUGGGGACGUUCAUGCCGUGCGGGGCUGUUCCGGUUGUGGAAAAUGUGACUGCAGUGGAGUAAAAGGGCAAAAGGGAGAAAGAGGCUUGCCGGGACUACAGGGUGUGAUUGGGUUUCCUGGAAUGCAAGGACCUGAAGGUCCCCCUGGGCCACCAGGGCUUAAGGGUGAUACUGGAGAACCAGGACUGCCAGGAACAAAGGGAACAAGAGGCCCCCCAGGAGCAUCAGGCUUUCCAGGAAACCCAGGCCUUCCUGGCAUUCCAGUAUGUAAUGGCACAAAGGGUGAAAGAGGUCCAGUUGGUCCCCCAGGUUUACCAGGGCUGACUGGGAGCAUAGGACCGCCAGGACCUCCUGGAAUGAAGGGAGAUCCAGGUGAAGUGAUUGGUCUUUUACCUCCUAGUGUGUUAAAAGGUGAUAAAGGCUUUCCUGGCCAACCUGGACUACCUGGUCCACCUGGAACUCCAGGGUUUCAGGGACCAAUGGGGCCACAGGGGCCUCCGGGAGAUCCAGGUCCUCCAGGGCCACCAGGACUCCCAGGCGAGAAGGGCUACAUGGGCUUGGGCUUUCAGGGUCCCAAAGGUGAAAAGGGAGAACAAGGAGUAAGGGGCCCUCCAGGCCCACCAGGACCAGCACCACAUAUGAAAGAAAAGGGGGCUGAAAUCAUAAGGGGAGAAAAGGGUGAACCAGGUGAAAAGGGUGAACAGGGACUCCCAGGAUUUCCAGGUUCAGGUUUCAAAGGAGAAAAGGGUGAACCUGGGAAGCCUGGUCCACGUGGAAAGCCUGGAAAAGAUGGUGAACCAGGACCAAAAGGAGAAUCCGGCUUGCCUGGUGGAUUUGGGAUUCCAGGACGACCCGGGGAGCCUGGUGCGAAGGGUGACAAAGGUGAACCAGGUUUUCCAGGACCUCCAGGAAGAGUUAUAGAUGGACCAGUAGAUACCUUUGGUGAAAAAGGAGAGCCUGGACUGUCAGGUUUGCCUGGACUGAAAGGUCAAAAAGGUGAAAAAGGUUUCCCUGGUAUACAAGGAAUCCCAGGACCUCCAGGUCGACCACUUCCAGACAGGGCAGGGUCACCUGGUGUCCCUGGAGAGAGAGGUGAAAAAGGUGAAAAGGGUUCUCCGGGAUUCCCUUUACCUGGACCCCCUGGAAGAGAUGGUUUCCCGGGUCCCCCGGGGUUGCCUGGCCCACCAGGUCCUCCAGGCAAAACAGACGGAAUUGAUCAAUGCCAGCAGGGAGAACCUGGUACACCAGGUAGUCCUGGACCGCCAGGAAGAGAUGGAUUUCCAGGAGAGAUGGGAGAGAAAGGUGACAAAGGUGAAUCUUGUGCCUUAUGUGAUACAGUAGGACCUCCUGGACUUCCAGGACCACAAGGGCCACCUGGUCCAUCAGGUUUUCCAGGACAAUCAGGUUUCAAGGGUGACAGAGGCUUACCUGGACUUGAUGGCCUUCCAGGGGUACCUGGGCCCCCCGGCACUCCAGGACUUAUGGGCAUCCCUGGGGCAAAAGGAGAACCAGGAGAUUUUUCGUAUGAUUCUAUCCUGAAAGGUGAAAAGGGAGAUCCUGGUUUCCCAGGACAACCAGGUACUCCUGGAAGAGAAGGAAGACCAGGAAAAGAUGGCUUGCCAGGUCUCCAGGGCCCAAAAGGAGCAUCGGGUACAGCUGGCUUGAAAGGAGAACGUGGUCCCCCUGGCCAACCUGGAUUCCCUGGAGUACGUGGUGAAAGAGGUUUUCCUGGCCCUCCUGGGGUAGGCGCUGCAGGGUUGCCCGGCGACAAAGGAGACAGAGGCUUUGCUGGAACCCCAGGUUUACCAGGCCUUCCAGGAGCAAAGGGUGAAGCAGGACGAACUGUACCGCUCCCCGGCCCUCCUGGGGCAGAUGGCCUUCCUGGGCCACCUGGCUUCCCUGGACCCCAAGGUGACAAAGGGAAUCCUGGGCUUCCAGGCAGACCCGGCCUGCCAGGAGAAAAAGGUGCUGUCGGGCAGCCAGGUAUAGGGUUCCCUGGACCUCCAGGACCCAAAGGUUUCCAGGGUCAGCCUGGCUCGCCAGGUCUGCCAGGUACUCCGGGAACCCCUGGCCUGGAUGGUUUGCCAGGUGUACCAGGUCUACAAGGUCAAAAAGGCGAACCUGGUGUAGGUCUCCCUGGCCCUAAGGGAUUGCCAGGCGCCCCAGGCCCAGCUGGCAUCCCUGGAGAAAAGGGAAAUCCAGGACUGCCUGGCUUACGUGGCGAGCAAGGCUUUCCGGGCAUACCUGGACAGCAAGGAUUCAGAGGUGACCCCGGCCUUCCAGGACUGCAAGGCUUGCAGGGCCCCCCGGGCGCGCCGGGGCUGGGCCCACAGGGAUCACCGGGACCCGCCGGGCAGCCGGGACCCCAGGGACCGCCGGGAUUUCCUGGAAUAAAAGGAGAAAGGGGCUUCCCUGGUAUCCCAGGUCUAGACAUGCCAGGACCAAAAGGGGAUAAAGGUAGCCAGGGCCAGCCCGGAGUACCAGGGUCUGUGGGGUUACCUGGCCUACCGGGUCCACAGGGGGCUGUUGGACUGAAAGGAUCAUCAGGAGCUAAAGGAGAAAUGGGAGUUAUGGGAACUCCUGGAUUGCCAGGGACUCCUGGACCAGUUGGAGAUCGAGGGUUUCCUGGUGAAAAAGGUAGCCAAGGUUUCAGAGGUUUAAUUGGACCACAGGGUGAUCCUGGUGUCAAAGGGGAUAAAGGUGAAGCCGGUCUCCCAGGAAAACCUGGAACAAUGGACAACAUGGACAUGGUUAGUCUUAAAGGCCAAAAGGGAGAUCAAGGAGAAAAAGGGGACCACGGAGCAACAGGAGAAAAAGGGUUACGUGGGGAAUAUGGAGAACCAGGAAUUCCUGGAAAGGAUGGUGAACCUGGUACUCCAGGGCAUCCAGGACCAAAAGGUGAUCAGGGCCCCCCAGGGUACCCAGGCGAUCCAGGAAUUCCAGGACAAAAAGGAUCGGUUGGUGAAAUGGGUUUGCCAGGAACACCUGGAGAAAAGGGUCUGCCGGGAGUACCAGGUUCGCCAGGCACACCAGGGUUCCCUGGGCAAAAAGGUGAAAAAGGAGACAAAGGAGCACCAGGUUUUCCCGGAAUUGGCUUUCCAGGGUCUCCUGGUGAGAAGGGAGAACCAGGAAGAACUGGUAGUCCAGGUUUAUCUGGAGAUAAGGGUGAAAAAGGUAGUGCCGGAAUUCCUGGAAUGCCGGGUGUCCCAGGUCCCAAAGGAUCCCCUGGCAUGGCAGGAUUUCCAGGCAAUCCUGGCCGUCAUGGAGAAAAGGGUGAAAAAGGACUUCCUGGCUUAAGUGGCAUUCCGGGUUUAAAAGGAGAACCAGGUGAACCUGGUGUUCCCGGUCCUGCUGGUUCCAUCGGACAGAAGGGUGAACCAGGUUAUGAUGGGAUUCCAGGUGCCGCUGGUGCAAAGGGUGAACAAGGCAUUCCAGGUAGAGGACUUCCAGGAUUUCCAGGUGCAAAGGGAGAUAAAGGUGCAAAAGGUGAUGUGGGCUUUCCAGGAUCCCCAGGAAGUCCGGGGAUCCCAGGUCUGAAAGGAGAACCAGGGUAUGCUGGUCCGCCAGGCCCUAAGGGCAGCCAAGGUCUUCCUGGACUACCGGGAAGUGCGAUUGAGGGCCCUAAAGGAGACAGAGGACCCCAAGGCCAACCUGGCCUUCCAGGUUUACCGGGUCCAACAGGGCCACCAGGAACCCCCGGUCUAAAAGGAGCCAAAGGAGAGCAGGGGAGCAAUGGCUGGCCUGGGACUCCUGGAGGUCCAGGGGUCAAAGGUGAUCCAGGUUUCCAGGGACUACCAGGUAGUCCUGGUUUACCAGGAGAUAUUGGUCCAAAGGGUGAUCUGGGACCUCCAGGAGUUCCAGGCGUUCCAGGUCCAAAAGGAACUCCUGGCUUCCCAGGCCUUAAAGGUGAACGAGGUGACCAAGGUCUUCCUGGAUCUAAAGGUUUACAAGGCCUACCAGGCCCACCGGGUCCUUUUCAGCUUGUUAAAGGGGAUCCUGGCUUACCUGGCCCUGUAGGACCAGUUGGUCUCAAAGGAUUCCCAGGACUUCCAGGUCCCAAAGGACAGCAAGGGGUGACAGGACCUUCGGGUGUGCCUGGACCACCUGGUAGUCCAGGGUUUGAUGGUAAACCUGGGCAAAAAGGAGAAGUUGGUCCUUAUGGUCCCCCAGGCCCCAGAGGAUUCCCUGGUCCACCUGGCCCUGAAGGUUUGCCUGGGGCUAUGGGCCCACCAGGUGCACCAUCUGUUGCUCAUGGCUUCCUUGUUACCAGACACAGUCAAACCACUGAAGAACCAUCAUGUCCAUUUGGAACAAGGCUGAUUUACCAUGGCUACUCCUUGCUUUAUGUACAAGGCAAUGAAAGAGCACAUGGGCAAGAUCUGGGCACGGCAGGGAGCUGUCUUCGUAAAUUUAGUACCAUGCCUUUCUUAUUCUGCAAUAUCAACAACGUAUGUAACUUUGCAUCGAGGAAUGACUAUUCGUACUGGCUGUCCACUCCUGAACCCAUGCCAAUGAGUAUGGCUCCUAUCACUGGUGAUAGUAUCAGACCAUUCAUCAGCAGAUGCUCUGUAUGUGAAGCUCCUGCUAUGGUAAUAGCUGUUCACAGCCAAACAAUUCAAAUACCACCCUGUCCUGAAGGCUGGAGUUCCCUUUGGAUCGGUUACUCCUUUGUCAUGCACACCAGUGCUGGUGCGGAGGGCUCUGGCCAGGCCCUGGCGUCUCCUGGUUCCUGCCUAGAGGAGUUUCGCAGCGCUCCCUUCAUUGAAUGCCAUGGCCGGGGCACCUGCAAUUAUUAUGCAAAUGCUUACAGCUUCUGGCUUGCCACUAUAGAGAGGAAUGAGAUGUUCAAGAAACCGACUCCCUCCACUUUGAAAGCCGGGGAUCUGCGCUCAAAUGUUAGCCGUUGUCAAGUCUGUAUGAGAAAAACAUAAUGACUUUUGAAUUUCAACUAAUUUCACACAAUAUGGUGCUAUUCGUUUAACAGCAAUGAAGCCUAGACAUAUAUCAUAUGUACCUCAUUGUUGUCCAAUAUGAAAACAGUAAAGUGCCUUUUAGGAACUUGCAUAACUAACACACACUGCUUUACUGGCCCUGUCCUUGCUGAAGAAGAAGAGAGACAACAAAGAUAAGCUUCAAAUGUUGACAUGCCAAGUGGCACUUUUGAUCAAAAUAUAUGUAUUUUUAUAUAAAUGUAAUGCACUGAAAGAAUAAAAAGUCAGCAUUUAUCCAGAAAAAAUGCAAAGGUGCUAGGAGGUAUGCAGUUCUGCCUUAUACUGUUUGACCCUCUUUUCUCAUUCUUGUAUUAUAUAUUUAGAUUCAUUUUUCUUCCCCAGAUAAGUUUGUUGUUACCGUGAUCUAGGCGUCUCAAAAUCCCAGACUCUUGGGUAUGUACUUAUUGUUCCUGUACAAAGCAAUACUAAUGUAAAAAAA